UGAACACAAGUAUUUGUAAUAGAAAGCAUUUAAAUAAUUUCCGUAUUUGAUUUAAAUAAAUACGCUUAUGUUCAAAAUGGAGGUUUACUUGAAAUCUAUAUGUUUUAUACUUCUUACAGCAAAGGUCAUUUGCAACAUUGUAUAUGAGGGUGAUCCUGCAGUUUUGGUUUGCACUAUUGCGAGUGACGCCUAUCCUAGCUGGAACGGUCCCCCACACAUAAGUGGACGUUCAACAUUGUACAAUUAUGAGGCCAGUCAGCACUUUAAUCCUGCUCUAAUCGAUAACAAACUGCUAAGGAUGAAAUGGGCGGAAAAUAAACGAGACUUAAACUUCACUUCGGUUCUUCAAGAGGACGAGGGAAACUACUCUUGCUCUGCCGCAUCUAUAGGAACCAUGUCAAUAACAGUAACAGUUGAAGGACGAAUAUUUUCGCGACCUGGCAAACAACCAAUACUGAUUUACAAUCACAACUAUACGAAUGAUGGUUCAGUUGUCCUUGUGUCUCCAAGUGGAAACAUCUUUCAAGCCAUAUGUCUAGAUGGCAAUUGCUAUAAUGACCAGUACUUAAAUUGUAGCCUGUCGUCAAGUGGAAACAUUUCAAAUGGAUCAUUUCAUAUCAUAUUGGAUACUUUUUGGCAUGGUCAGGAAGGGGAGUACCAGUUCGAAAGCGCAGGGAGUGUUUUAAAAACAAUAACUGUAUUUUUACUCGGCGUUCCAGAAACACCAACAAUCAGCAUAUCGCCCACCAAAGACGCUUACAUUGAGGGCAAUACCCUUACAUUCAUGUGUGCGAGUAAUUCGACGACACUUCCUGUAAGCCAUAACCUUCUUUUAAACUACACUUGGAUAAUAAAUAACAAUAUUUACUCAAACAGUUCAAGACUUUCUCAUUCACAACGAGGGGAAUACCUAACAAUUCAAGGGAUUUCUGGAGCUGAUGCGCUAUUGGAAAUAAAAUGUUCUGCCGUGGAGAAUAUCGCACAGGGAUUUACAUCCAACAAAAGUAAUGCCGCACAAUUUAAUGUUAUAUAUGGUCCAAAUGCCUCAGUCAUAAGCGAAAAUACACCGUAUGUCGUCACUGAAGGAGAAGAAAUGGAUCAAAUCAUAUGCACGUCUGUUUGCUGGCCUGGAUGCACACAAUUUUGGAAAAACGACACAGAUAAUACCACUACGGCAAUGUCCGGAAUUAUUUCUUUAGGGACGAUUGCACGAUAUCAUUCUGGAAAUUAUACUUGUGUUUCGAGAAAUAUAAGACCUGAGUAUCUAAAAGAAAGUAGUUCUACAAUUAGCUUUGUGGUUCAAUACUCACCAGAUGUGUUAAUUAAAACAGUAAACACUACUUCGACGGAGUCAGGUAUUUUCCUUCGAUGUUCUGCCAAAGGCGUGCCCAACAAAUAUAUAUACUAUGACUGGGUUCAGCACUGGCCUGGGUAUGGUGUUGUAGCCAUUCAUCCCCCAAAUGGAGAUUCAUUUAAGCUUGAUAGUGUAUCAUACCAAUAUUCUGGGAUUUGGUACUGCUCAGUGAGCAAUGGCAUUGUAGAUUACGUCACACAGAAUAUCAAGAAAAAUGCCUCUGUGGAAAUUUUGAUAAAAGAUGCGCCAGUGCUUGUCAAACCCAAUCUACCCAGUGGAAGCAUUCAUAAUAUUAAAGUGGCCGAAAGCGAUAGAGAGAUCUUGAUUGAAGUACAUAUCUACUCCAAUUCUGGUCCCGUGAGGAUACAUGUAUAUCCACUAGAAAAUGGCAUAAGAACUAAGGAUGAGUUUGAAGUAAUAGGUUUGUAUCAAGCUGAGAUACUUCUGCCUGUGUUUGAACAUUACAUUUCGACACAAGGUACAAUAGCAAAUGUAUCGUUGGAAGUCAACGGAAAUGCGAAAUCAUCUCGUUACGUGAUGAUGAUAAAGAACGACUUUAAAGAGACACUGUUGACAGUAGAGCUGACAAAAGACCUGCCAACCGAACAGACGUAUUUAGUCGGGGCUAUUGUUGGUAGUGUUGUUGGUGGGGCCGCACUUUGCCUUUUAGUAGUUUUACUUGUGAAUUGUAUGAGGUCUACAAGAAUAUCAAAGAACCUAGCGCAAGCAACUGGUUCUCAAAGCAAAGAAACGGACAGACAUUCAUCAGAAUUAGCAGCAAAAUAUGAAAUGGAUAACAUUCAGGAAUACCUUGACAUACAAGAGAGUAUUGAUCAAGGCAGUGACUUAGCCGCCCAUUAUGAAACUUUGGAAACUAACAAGACGUCUCACGGCAAUGCGUACGAAGAUUUGAUACAAAAGCAGGAGACUUGACACAAUCCAAGACGCUUAAACCGUGUAUGUUACGAGAGAAAAAUGUGUGAGAAAGAAACAAAAAAUGGAUGAAACUUACAUAAUUGAUGCAACAGUGCCCAUAUAAUAGUGAAUGCCGUAAAGACACCAUAAACUUACAGUUGCAUGAAACGACAGUACUAUACCAACGUCUUAUUAUUUAAAUGUAGCUUAAACCAAAAGUACGAAAACGAAGCUGUGUUGGUUGCAGUCGAGUUAAAUAAAUUAAACAAUAUAAAGUACAGAGACUAGUCAAACUGAGAUCAGGACGAGAAGAUUUUCCAAAAUAAAAACAAAUAAUGGCUCCUACUCAGAAAAUAAACUCAAGCGUUUCAGAUUAUACCUUUGCAGGGCCAUAUGUUUCACAGAUCACUCAUCAUUAAAUGUGUUUGUCCAUAAAGGGGGUUCGGGUAAGAACUUUACACUUAUCACAUGGAAUUCACGACUUUUAACUGUACCGCGUGAAAGAUCACAAGGUGUGAAUGUGAUCUGUGAAAAUAUGGUCCGAUAGAGCUCCUUGUUUUCAGGGAAUCUUUAAUAUAAUUUCUCCAUUUCAUGUUGUUAAAAAUUGUGCAAAUGAUGUUGUCGAUUUUCGACGUGAACAUAUAGUGUUAUUAAUGAAAAGGCUUUUUCUUCCAUUUGUUAUAAACCUUACUGUUCACUAAGAAACAAAUAUAAUAGAAUACGAGUGUUGUAAAUAACCAACAUUUGAACAAUGCGAUUCAGAUUUAAAAACGCACGUGUUUGGUAAACUUGCGCAUUAAUAUUGAAAUGUGACGAAUGCGAUUUCAUGUGUAAAGCGUGUAAAGUUAUUCUGAAACCCGCCAAUUUCAUUUCGGAAAUGCCACAGUAUAGGAUUGUAUAGGAGUGUAUAGCGUUUCGUCAAACAUUGGAACAAAUUACAGAACGUAAAGAGGAAAUGUCAAUUGAUGACUUAGGACAACAGGCAAUGUACGCAAAAGGACAAAAUACGCAGCUUCGCUGGACGUUCGCCAUUAUAUUCGAAUACCUAAAAAAUUGUA